CCAAACUUUUCAUUCCAUACUUUAACUUCUAGCUUUAAAUUGUCGUCGGAACAAAAGUCGAAUAUUUACGCACAGAAAAUGGUCGGCCGGAAAUUCGUGGUUCACCACCGCGACUCCAAUUUCGACGUCGACUACGACACCAACGACUGCCUCGAAGUUCUCAAAUUCCAGUUAUUUUCCCUCACUUCGAUUCCGCCCGACGAGCAAAAAAUUCUUAGUGGAGAUGGUGAUAAGCUUGUGGUGGAUGAUUCUGAUCUUGAUUCUGUUUCCGAUAAGCUUCGUUUGAUUUCGAUUAGUGAUCGGGAGGAGGAGGACAAGAAUCCUCAAGUUUUUGACUUUGAGAAAUCCGAUGAGGAAUUCGCUCGAAUGCUGCAGGAACAAGAAGAUAGGCUUAUGCUUCAGCAGGUAGUUGUGAGUGAAGAAAAGGGAGUCAUCGAACAGAAGAUACGGCCCUACAUUGAUCAAGUCUUAAUGUACGAAGACCCACAUCGGCAGGAUGUGGCGCGAAAAUCGGUGCCUGUGGAAACACUGGAGGAGAAAGCAGCAGUUGCAUUGGCCAAGGUGGGAAAUUUUACACCGUCAAAGAGUGAUCAAGAUUACGCUUUCUUGCUUCAGUUGCUAUUCUGGUUCAAAACAUCAUUUAGGUGGGUAAAUGCACCUGAUUGUGAUGUUUGCGGGAAAGAAACUCUGAGCCAUGGCAUGGGUGUUCCAGAUCCUACAGAAACUCAUUUCGGAGCUUCCAGAGUUGAACUUUAUAGAUGCAUGACUUGCUCAAGAAUCACUCGUUUCCCGCGGUAUAAUGAUUCUUUGAAGCUGCUGGAAACAAGAAAAGGCCGAUGCGGCGAGUGGGCCAAUUGCUUCACACUCUAUUGUCGAGCUUUUGGUUACGAUUCUCGUCUGAUCAUGGAUUUUACGGAUCAUGUUUGGACAGAAUGCUUCUUGCCUUCCCUGGGAAGAUGGAUGCAUCUUGAUCCGUGUGAGGGAAUAUAUGACAAUCCAUUACUAUAUGAGAAGGGCUGGAAGAAAAAUCUCAACUAUAUAAUUGCUAUUGCAAGAGAUGGAGCCUAUGAUGUCACUAAACGUUACACAAGAAAGUGGCAUGAGGUUCUACAUCGGCGAAAUCUAACUAGCGAGCCUGCUCUUUCCUCCUUUCUUUCUGAUAUGAGAAGGGAUUGUCGCAAGAAUUUCACAUCUCAAAAUUGUUCUGAACUUGAAGAGCGUGACAGUAAAGAAGCAGAUGCACUUGAGAAAGAUUUGUAUAUGAAAGAUGAUCCUUUAACCUCAUUACCUGGGAGAAUCAGUGGAGAUAAAGAAUGGAGGUUGCUGAGAUCCGAAAUUGGUCCUAAUGGGAUUAGCUCUAUAAGCACCUCUUCUUGUCCGGUUCGAGUAUGUAUUGAUGAGCAUGUAACAAAGAUUUAUAAUGGAUUUUAUCCUCUCAUUGUUCACAUGGUUGAUCAGUCUUAUAGCAAACCUAGGACUGUUGAAAUCCUCAAUAUAAUAAAAAGAAUAUUAGCGAAUAUCAAAAAGUCCCCUUUUAGAAAGAGAAGAACUUCCAUAGAUUUGGCUUCCAAUGAUGCAAAACACUUUGUGAGUCAGACAUUGCCGUAUCUGGGUGAAUUGUUUGAUGCUCUUUCAUUGAAGACUGAAACUGAUGCAGUUGGGAAGGUUGAUGUAUGUUUGGCUGCUGAACCUGUUAAGACCGCGUUGGCUUUGCCUGUUGUGUUUCACGCCCUUGAUGAUGUUAUCCAAAAUGUCAACCGUAAUGAUAAAUUUAACGGAGAGUCUCUUGCUUGGCCUCUCUUGAAGUUGAACAGAUUAUGCUCCGGUUCAGUUCUUGCUAGUAGUGAAGAGCUUCCGUUUGGAAUUGUCACUUCUGCAUUUGAUGGAAAUCGCAUGACAAAAUGGGAGGAACCAAAUGGUGCUAAAGGUUGUUGGAUAAUAUACAAAGUCCCAGAAAAUCAGUUCCAUGAACUUGUGGCAUAUGAGUUGAUGUCAGCCAAUGACGCUCCUGAAAGGGAUCCAAUGAACUGGAUAAUAGAAGGAAGUAAGGAUGGUGGUUCUACCUGGCAUACACUGGAUGAACAGAUUAAUCAAAUUUUUGUAAAUCGAUUUCAGCGAAAAACAUACAAGAUUACUGCACAACCUGCCCUGUCAAAUACAUACAGAUUAAGGUUUCUAUCAGUACGAGAUGUGCAAGCAACUUCACGAUUGCAAAUAGGUAGCAUAGACUUCUACGUGAAGGGCAAUACAAGUUAUAGUUCGACAUAAAAUUAAUCACUCCCGACUGAUUUGGGGGCGUCCUCAUGCCUAUUGCAUAUGGAAGACAUCCAAUUGGGGGGUUGGAUUUAAACUUUUUCUGGUCAUUGAAUUGUUCCCCUUUAUUAAUCAUUGAAGAAAACAUAAACAUGUAUUAUAAGCAUGAUUACUGUUUCCCCGCAAACAUUGGCUUUAACUGACUACACAUUUGGUAAUAUAGAAUCUUGAAAAAAAUAAAAAAAUACCCAUAUUAACCCAA